AUGUUUGCUUCUAGUCUAAUCACCGAUGAAAAUCACUUGGAUGACUAUAUAAAAAGCCUUGAUAAUUAUCCUACUAGAGAAUUAAAAACAAAUAAUCAAAAAACAUCGUCUUUAACUUCACGUGUCUCUCAUAAUAACCCAUCAUUUAUCUCUGAAUUCGAUCCUUGGGGACAUCAAAGUGUCACACACGUUGGUGAAGAUACUUCAUUACAAUCAUCAAGUCAAGUUGCUCAAGUUGAUCCUAUAUCCCAUCUACAUUCUUCAUCAAAAAUGAGCAGAGACAAUUUGGAACGUUUAUAUAAAAAUUCAAAUCUAUCAUCUGGAACAGAUCUACAGUUUCAUCCAGUUCUUUCAGGAAAACUUGCAGCACCAUCAGGAUGGCGUAACGAAUCAGUUCCUUCAUCACUGUCACCUCUUUCCGAUGAUACAGAUAGUUAUAGAAAUUGUAGUGAAAAACACGAACACUAUAAAACUUUAAAUACAUGCGAUGGUCCUCCAAUGAUUUUUUCAUCGACUGAUGAAAUCAAUGAAGUUAUUAAUGAAAAACCAUCAUCAAAACAUCUUCGUAGUAUUAGUUUUAAUGAUUAUAAUGAUACGUCAAUUGAAAACAAUCCAUGUCAAGAACGAAAAACAGUUUUAACAGAAGAACAACGAACUGCAAUAAAUAGUAUAGACAAUUGUAAAAUACCACCAGUUGUUGUACAUAAAAAAUUAGCAAAUAAUAUUGUUAAAUAUAAUCAGAGGAUAACUGUUCGAUAUUUACAACCACCAACACCGCCACCACCUGGACCAAUUAUCAUUCGUGAAAUUCGUCAAUGUCCAUUACCUCCUCAAUCUCCUAUUACGAUUCGGCAACGACCACGACCGCCUUGCACACCGCCUCCACUAAUUUUUCGAGAACCUCCUCCACCACGUCCACCUCGGCCCCCUUCAAAAAUAAUCGAAAAAUUAUUACCACCACCACCGCGUCCACCGCGCCAAGUAAUUGUCGAAAAAUUAGGAGCAUAUCCACCUAAACCUUCGGAUGUUCUUGUUGAACGUUGGUUACCUUACAAACGAAACGAUCAACGACGAAUACUUUACGAACGAGCACCAGCACCUUACUUGCCACCACGAGAACCAAAUUUACUUAUCAUGCAUGAUCAACGCAAUGCACGUAUUAAUAAAGAAUUUAUAAAUCAAGGUGUUGUGCGAGCCGAUCCUCAACAUUAUCUUCAACUUUAUGGAGCUGAAAUUAAUACACCACAUAACUAUGGACAAUAUGCUUAUUUAGUUGAUGAAGCAACUCGUUCUUUACCCCCACCUCAACCAUUACCUCCAACUGGUAUUCAUUAUAAUCCUCAUAAUUCUUAUCCGAAUCUAAAUCAGCAUCCUCCUCCAGCUCCUUUGAUUUCAAGUAUGUGGGACAGAAUGAGAUCUGCAGCAUCUCCGUUCAAUUCACCACCUUACCAUCAAAAUUCUCCAACGUAUGGUUACUCUCCACAAUAUCCUCGUAAUGAUCAUCUAAAUUCAUAUCAUCCUCCUAAUAACUAUGCGGCACAUAUGGGAGAUCAUAGAAUAAUGCCUAAUGUACCAUCACCAUGGUCUCAUAAUUCUCAUUCACCACCACCUCCUCCGUCUCAUCUUCCAUCAUAUAAUUUUAAUCCAAUAUCUCAUUCUCCAAAUACAAUUCGAGUGACAUCUGAUCAUGAACUUCAUAAUGUUCUUUCCAAUUUAACUAAUGGUCGUGUACCAACACCUUUACGUUCCUUUUAG